UCAUUUGUUGUUGAUAUCUACAAAAAAUCUUUAUUUCCUUUUAACAUUUUUAUAGGCUUGCCAGAGGUAAUGUUAGGUUUGCUUCCCGGGGCUGGAGGAACUCAACGUCUUCCUAAAUUAAUAUCAUUACCCAAUGCACUUGAUAUGGCACUAACAGGUCGAACAGUGAAAGCAAAUAAGGCAAAGAAGUUGGGCAUACUAGAUCUCCUAAUUGAUCCACUUGGUCCAGGUUUGGAUACAUCAGAAAACAAUACUAGGAAAUAUUUGGAAACUACAUCAAUGGAAAUAGCUAAACAAAUUGCAAAUGGAAAGUUAAAAAUUAACAGAAACAAUAAACCAUUGUCCGAAAAAAUAAUAAGAUUUGCUCUUCAAUACAAUAUAGUAAAAGAUCAAAUAUUUAAUAAAGCCAAACAGCAGGUUUUGAAGCAGUCAGGGGGACUUUAUCCCGCUCCACUAAAGAUUUUAGAAGUUGUCAGAACUGGUUUAGAUAAAGGUCAAAGAGGAGGUUUAGAAGCUGAAGCUCACGCUUUUGGAACAUUGGCAAUGACACCACAAUCUAAAGGCCUGAUUGGUUUAUUUAGAGGACAGACUGAAUGUAAAAAAAAUCGUUUUGGAGAACCCAAAGUGCCUCCUAAAACAUUAGCUGUUGUUGGUGCCGGACUAAUGGGAUCUGGAAUUGCCCAUGUUUCGAUAGACAAGGGCUAUACUGUUGUGCUGAAAGAUACCAGUAAAAGUGGACUAAGUAGAGGAAUAAAUCAAAUUCAGAGUGGUUACGAAAAUUAUGUGAAGCGAAAGAGAUUGACCAGUUACGAAAAGGACAAAAUUUUAGCUAAUUUAAAUCCUACAUUAGACUACAAAGACUUUAAAAAUGUUGAUCUUGUGAUUGAAGCUGUUUUCGAGGAUAUUGCAAUUAAACAUAAGGUUAUUAAAGAAAUAGAAGCAGCUGUUCCAUCUAAUUGUAUUAUUGCAUCGAACACUAGUUCAUUACCGAUAACCAAAAUUGCUCAAGGAUCAUCAAGACCUGAUAAUGUAAUAGGAAUGCAUUAUUUUUCUCCCGUUGACAAAAUGCAACUUCUUGAAAUAAUUACCACUGACAAGACCACUAAGGAAACAGCGGCCGCUGCGGUUGCAGUAGGUUUGAAACAAGGCAAAGUUGUUAUUACUGUUGGAGAUGGUCCUGGUUUUUAUACUACACGUAUUUUGUCAACUAUGAUGAGUGAAAUGGUCCGGAUACUACAAGAGGGACAUGAUCCAAAAAAAAUUGACACGUUAACGAAAAAGUUUGGAUUUCCAGUUGGAGCUGCCACUUUGCUAGAUGAAGUAGGUGUCGAUGUAGGGACCCACAUUGCUGUAUUUUUAGAAAAAGAGUUUGGAAAUAGAAUUUCUGGUGGCGAUCCAAAGUUAUUGCCAGCAUUUGUGGAGUCAGGUUUCUUGGGAAGAAAAUCUGGCAAGGGAUUAUUCAUUUACGAAAAGGGAAGAAAAAGCCGUGAAGUUAAUGCAGACGCUAUGGAAGUUGUUAAACGUUUUGCGUUAGAAUCCAAGGGUGCUAUGUCAGAUGAAGACAUUCAGUUACGAAUGGUAACGAGAUUUGUAAAUGAAGCGGUUUUAUGCCUAGAAGAAAAGAUUCUAGCUAGCCCAGUUGAAGGCGAUAUUGGAGCAGUGUUCGGUCUAGGUUUUCCGCCAUUUACUGGUGGACCGUUCCGAUGGAUUGAUUCUUAUGGAGCGGGAAAAUUAAUUUCGAAAAUGGAGACAUACUUUGAUUUAUACGGGGCGCCUUUCAAACCUGCCCAAACCCUAAUAGACAUGGCUAAAGAUCCUUCAAAGAAAUUCUACUUGUAGACAAUCUUAAUUUAAAAUAGAAGUAUUUGAUCGUA